AUGUGCGCCGGCGACAGGGUCGCUGCCGCUGCGGCCCCUGGCCAAGUGGAGGUUCCCCCGUCCACAGGACUGGGUGUUCCCGAAGAACUGCAGGACAUCAGCAUUGCUGGCCGAGAUGUCGACACGCCACAUUGGUCUGAGAAGCCUUUGGAGGAUGCAACGGGCGGCCUGAAACUGGAGCAGUUGGACUGGCCGAACGUUCACGGCCUGGCUUGUGCUUCCUCUGGAUUCCUCUUUCUCUUCCAGCUGGUGAGGUUCUGUGAAGGUCAGCCACCCUCUGACAUCGAGUGCUAUGCCGCAGCGGUGAUUUACUCCGUGAUCUACGCUUCAAGGUUUGAUGGCAUCCGCAGCCUGGCCCCACACUUCCGAGUGACUUUCUAUGCGACAACAGGUUGGACGAUCUAUUAUAUAGCGCACUUGCUGGCGGCUACAAACCCUGCCAUCUUUGGCCACUGGGUCUAUCCUGCAGGAAUUGUGUUUUUGGCCAGCAGCAUCUACUUCUACAAGCACUGGAUAGAGCGAAUGUACCGGCACUAUGUUGAGGACAGAUUCAGGCCUUACUACGUUCCAGGCCUUGUUGGGCUCAUGUAUUUUCACUGGCUGGAUACUGUCGACAUGCUGAACCAGUGGCUGGAUCCGCAGUACUGGGAGCACGUAGUCGUCGACCUGCCCGAUCAGGCAUGGACAAUCGCAGACGUUCGUCUCACAGGACUCUUCAUGUCGAGCAUGGCUCUCUUCAUGAUCACUCUGCAUAACAAGGGUGUGCUAACCGGAGGGAAGAAUACCCUCAUCACCGUACUUUUUACAAUCUUCGUCCCGGCUUUGUUUUUGACGGGCACGCACGCCACCCUUCAGGCCAGUUUCCCUUGA